CGCAUGCGCGAAUCACGUCCACCCAGCCACGUAGCUUAGCCUAGCUGUUAGCUUGCAAGCCGCAGCCAGGAGCAAUUGCAGUCGGCAACGGGACGUCUAAAGGCGCACUUUUCUCCAACUUUUCGCUGUUUUAUCGUCUGCAAUCAUGACGAGGUACCUACGGCCACCGAACUCUUCUCUCUUUGUCCGGAAUAUCUCCGACGAAGUCAGGCCAGAAGAUUUACGACGUGAGUUUGGUCGUUAUGGGCCUAUUGUAGACGUCUACAUUCCACUUGACUUCUAUACGCGGCGGGCAAGAGGAUUUGCUUACAUUCAGUUCGAAGACGUCAGCGAUGCCGAGGACGCCCUCCACUACCUGGACCGCAAGUGGGUGUGUGGGCGCCAGAUCGAGAUCCAGUUCGCCCAAGGAGACCGCAAGACUCCCAACCAGAUGAAGACCAAGGAGCGGCAUUCUCCGCGCAGUUUCGACGACGACGGCCACCGCAGACGCUCCCGGAGCCGCAGCUACGACCGCCGCUGGUCCCGCAGCCCCUCCUACGAACGCCGACCUCGGCGCAGGUCCGAUAGCCCCAGAGAGUCACGCUCCUACAGCCGACACGGGCGCAGCAGAAGCCGUGAAAAUGACAUGCACAAGAGCGCCGCACACAACCGCCACAGGACCCAGCAUGAAGGGACUGGCAGGAACCGCUCAGGGUCCCGCUCGCCCUCCAGGUCCAAAGGCAAGAGUAAAAGGAGCCGGUCCAGGAGUCCCGCAGAAGAGUUCCACCAGAACCCCGGUGCCCACAAGCGUUCAUCAGGACGAUCUCCGUCACGGUCUUUGUCCAGGUCUGUGUCCCGCUCACGGUCCAGGUCCUGGGCCGAAUGCAAGGCGGGAGGUCGGUGAGCUGCUCCAACCUCUUAAGUUCUAGUCUCCGUUAAUACUUUGAUUCAUGCUACUAGAUAGUAGACUUUUCUGUGUCGUAUCCUGAAGGGAAUUCUGUUCAGUACUCAAUAAAAAGGACAUGCAUACAAUUUCUGAGGAAUUUAAAUAAAUCACAAAGCACAACAAAGUUUAGGGGGAGGGAAAGGGAUUUUAUUUUUUCUUUGAAAAAUUUUGUUUAAAUCUGAUUUCAUUAUAUUCAGCGUUUAUAAACCAAUUGUUACAAAUCUUCAUUGAGGGCAUUUUCUUUCACAUAGAUGACUUUGUCAGAGGGGAUUCAAAUUAAUAGCCAAUUGUAUCUAAUUUAGCACAGGAGACUUUGCAAUGCACCACUUUGCACUGAAUCAACAAAUAAGUAGAACAAUGGAGAACAGCUGGCGGAAGAACAGCAGAAACAUGAUUUAAAAAUGCUUAACUUUGGAGGGGUCUUCAAUAAAAUGUUCAUCCAGAAAUCAAAGUGGUGCAUUACGGUCUCAGAAGCGAAUUGGGUCCAUGUUAGUUCAUGUUUGCAUCCUACACUGCUUAC